AUGGCGUACAGACCUUCAGGCAAUAAAGGAACCGCGAAGUCUGAUACACACGGGGCUAACCAAAUUAACAAUCAGUCUGAUUCCGCCCCUCCAAAUCUUAGUGAUGAGGAUCUCUUCGCGGACUCCACAAACGCAGACUCUUUCUUUGAGGAUGCCACGACGGGCCUCGACGCCACAACAGGCGGCGGCAUGUACCUGUCUGGCGAUGAAGAUGAGCGCUUUGACAUGGCGUUCAGAGAAGCAAUCUUUGGCCCUCUGCCAGCUUCAAGUCAUUCAGUGAAUCACUUUGGCAACACCGCCGAGCCUCUAUCUCCUGGUGCCCUGGACACAGCCCCUCAAUUCCAGUCACAAAGUGGUGACUGUUUGGUUGACUUCCAACGUCCUCUUCCUGAUCUCCAACCUUCUCUCCAACCUUCUCUCCCAAUAAUCUGUGGCUACAAUCAAUCCGAGCCUUCUAGCUCAAAUUCUGCCGAACAGUUUCACGCUCAGUCGUUCGAACCAAUUCAAAGCUUGAGUGACUUCCUCCAACAGAGAACUGCCACAGCGUCAAGAACACCUCUGAACUCGUUCGCAGUGGGUGACUUCGAGAUUCAACCAAGCCAGCCGAUCUCACCGCAUGUCACCCGUGAUAUCCCCAACGGCUUAGAAGAGAAUCACCCUCGUGCCGAUAACCCCUUUCCCAGCAUCGAAGGCCCUGAUCUUCCUUCGGCACCUAUAAGUGAUCAAAAUCAAAUCUGGCUUGCAGAACCGAACGAUUUCGGUCUCACAGAAGAGAUGGGUAACUUUUUGAACUCAUACAAUUCAGGUGUUCCAGGCGGAGAUCCAGCAGCUCAAACCCAGGAUCUUGCCACCUCGCCACAACUUGCAGAGUCUGAGAACUCUAACAACCUCUCCUCUCCCCUUCGUCAACCAAAGACGCCUCCCUCAAGCGAUCGCCAGCUAGCGACGCUUGCAUCUCCAGGUAGACCGACCCAGCCUCGUGCUCCUAUUACCGUGCCCAUGCUGCCUACUCGCGAACAAAGUCUCGCGACUGUCGCUCGUUACAGAGCGCAGGGAACUCCGGCUUCUCAGGCGCAGGAGAUGGCGGAGGAGCAGCUGGGUCGGCGUCACCCUAUGGAGCAACUCGCACAACAGGGAUAUGGCGGUCAACAACAGAACCUGGGUCAAGCGUACCCACAACCGCAAACUCCGCAAGAGCAGUUGAGAGGGCAACAGCGUCCUCUAAAUCGAAGCCCUUUCCCCCCUCAGGCGGUCAGAUACGAGCCACGUGCCCUGUUUGACCAACGAUACCAUGGACAGCAGCCGCUUGAGCAACAACACCGACCUCAUCAACCAGCGCGCGGGCCUCAACACUACGGACCCAAUUUGCAACGACAACAACAACAAGCUCAAGUGGUACCAGGCCCGCUGAUGCCUCCUCAACUUCAGCAGCAUCGGCAAUUUUUGCACCAGGGGAUGAUGCCAUACCAUCCAGACGAUCCGCUUGCUGGCCCACCAUUUGCACCGACUACUCGGAUCCUUCAGAGAUAUCAGGACGCUAGUCGCAACAUGCCGCAAUUCGUUCGUAUUGGUGUUCAUGGAAUUGACGCGAAUGGUAAUCGUUACGAUCUUCCGUUCAACCACCCAAUGCCAGUAUCUUUCGGAGGAAUGGUGCCACAAUCGAUGGCGAAUCCAAUUGCCUCUCGUCCGCAGGGUCAAUGGGGAAAUGCCAACACUAGUUCUGUCCCGAGCACUCCUACUAAUCAGGGCUCAACACGAACUUCCCACGGGACCAGACGUCGUCGAAACGACGACCCAUCUCAGCGAAGUGCCAAGAAGCCGAAAUCUGAGUGGUCCUAA